AUGGCCGACGUCCAGACUCCGACGGAAGCCAGUCUUCUGUCCACCUCGAACCCUGCUAUCGAGUCUACCGAGUCGGAGUCACAAUCGCAGUCCAGAGAAGCAGGCACGAAAGUCUCUUCGACCGCCCCCAGCACAGCUACAACCACAGAACCUACACCUGCGCCUAGAACUGCAGUGAACGGUGACAAGGGCAGCGAGCCAGCUACGCUCACGAAUGGUACACACGCAUACGCGCCCGCUCCCGAUGCCUCGAUAGCCACCGCCAUCCCAACCACCAAAGCUACAACCACAUCCACAUCCACGUCGGCAGCCCCGCUUUUGGCGGACGAACCCAAGCAGAACGGGAAGCCUGCUUUUAACGAUGAGAAUGACCCGCCGUUAUUCUCGCCUUCAUUGAUUUCGGAGGAAGUCGCGGCGCGCUUGCCAGAAGGCUAUACCAUCAGACCACUGCGACGGAGUGAUUAUUAUGGCGGCUUCCUCCCCACGCUCCGUGUCCUCACCACGGUCGGCGAACCCACGCUCGCGGAAUUCAAUGCCCGCUACGACUUCAUCUCCUCCCGCAACGAUACGUACUACAUCCUCGUGAUCUGCGAUGAGACCGCCACCGUGGUCGGCACGGGCGCCGUGAUCGUCGAGCGCAAAUUCAUCCACAACAUGGGACUGGUGGGCCAUAUUGAAGACAUCGCCGUGGCGAAAAACCAACAGGGCAAGAAGCUGGGGUUGCGCAUCAUCCAGUCGUUGGACGCCGUGGCCGAGAAGGUGGGCUGCUACAAGAGUAUCUUGGACUGCAGCGAGGCGAACGAGGGAUUCUACGUGAAGUGUGGGUUUAAGAGGGCGGGCUUGGAAAUGGCGCAUUAUUACGAGCCAGGGCCGAAGAGCAGUUAUGAGAGGUCGUGA